GCUCCCUGCAGCACGAAGUCCUCCUCCCCAUAGACGAACUCCUGGGUGCGCGGCUCGCCCCGCUCUUCGCCCGCCGCCGCUGCCAUGCUGGGUGACGGCUCCGGGCGUUCCCUCGGGGCCCGGCGGGGCGGGUGCAGCCCCGAACGUCCGCCGCCGCCCCCCGGCUCCUCCCGGUGCCCCGUGCCCGCCCCGGGGCGGAGCGGGGGCGGGGAGCGACGUGCGAGGCGGAAGCGCGGCACCGCCAUGGGGGGCUCGGGCAGCCUCCUGGCGCGCGAGGCGCUGGACGAGUACCAGGAGCUGACGUUCCUGAGCAAGCAGGAGAUCCUGCUUGCCUACAAGAGGUUCAGUGAACUGCUGCCAAGGGAAGAGAGGGAGAACCUCUCUGCGCGGGUUCCCAAGAGCCAGAUCCUGACGCUGCCUGAGCUGCGGGCAAACCCCUUCCAGCACCGCAUCUGCCACGUGUUCUCCACCUCGGAGGAUGGGGAUGACAGCCUGUCCUUUGAAGACUUCCUCGACAUGCUGAGCGUCUUCAGUGACUCCGCUACCUCAGACAUCAAGUCCCACUAUGCCUUUCGCAUCUUUGACUUUGAUGAUGAUGGGACCCUGGACAGAAAGGACCUGGAGAAACUGGUGAACUGUCUGACAGGGCAAGGCGAGGAGUCGCGGCUGAGCACCGCGGAGAUGGAGCAGCUCAUCCAAAACAUCCUGGAGGAGUCUGACAUUGACAAGGAUGGCACCAUCAAUCUCUCUGAGUUCCAGCACGUCAUCUCGCGCUCCCCAGACUUCGCCAGCUCCUUCAAGAUUGUCCUGUGAGAGCCCCACAGCUCUGCAGCAGAACUGCUCCUCCAGCUCUUGCAACAUUGUGGUCUCAAAUGUUUCCUCUUUUAGCCAGCAGUGGGAGAGGCCCUGCUCCUCACCAGCCUGGCCUCCCACAGUGCCUUAGGCAGGACACCCUCCUGCUCCCUUUCCAUGCCUGCAGGCGAGCUGGCAGGGUCUGUGCAGUGGUGGGGCCCAGGGGAGCUGCCCUGCCUGCCCAGCUCUGCUCUCCCAGGAUCGGAUUUUAACUCCUUACGCAAAGCACAGACAGCUCUGUAGUGGGGGGAGGUGCACAAUGAUACUCCCAGCUGGGACCAUGCUGCCGAGCACAGCCUCUCUCUGCCCCCAGCGCAAUUUUGUGCCUUCCACCAGCACGCAGAGAGCUGCCUGCCCCCAGCCCCUGCCCAGCACUCCCGUCUUCCAGGGGCCCUCCCUGCUGCCACGUGGAUCCAUGUCUUUGAGCAAUAACCAAAUGUGGCUCUGUUUCUGAGCAAUAACCCAAAUGUGGCACUGCAGCUGUGCCACCCAGCAGCAAAACUCUCCCCCUAGGACUGCAGAGGACACAGGACAACUCCUCCCUGCCCCAUCCAAGGGGGCUCAGCCCUGCACAGCCAGGCUCGCCCCAGGGACGCUCGGGCUCUGCUCUCCUCCUCCUCCUCCACUUUUCCUCUCUGCCCUCUCCUCUGGCUCACGCUCAGCAGCUGCUCUGGCCUCUUCCUCCUGCUGCUCCUGUGAGGACAAAAUAAAGGGCUCUGGUUUCACCCUCUA